ACUGCAGCAAAUUUAUGUCCCUUGACAAUUAAAAUGAUGUGAUUGACGUAAGCGACAGCUUAUGAAAAUGAGAGAUGGCACAACAACAACAAACUACACAUGAAACUAUAGUAAUCGAAGAGCCAGACAUUUCGGAUGAUGAAGAUAAAGUAAUAGUGUACGGUUCCACUAAAUUGACAGCCCAGUCGCCAGCGAAAAACCGCCAGAAUAAUGUUUAUGCGGUAGGGGAAUACCCAGAUGACAGGAAAGAGGGAAGCAAACCAACAAGUUUGUUACUGCCAUCACCUACGAACAGUCGGAAAAGCAGCACACUCUCUGAAGACACUCAUGUAACAACUCGGUCUUUUGCUGAAAAUGCUGGGUGGAUUCAGCACCCAAAGAUCCGCGAGAACUGGAAGGUUGUGUUGGGGGCUGUCAUGCUCACCGUGAUCGGCUCCAUCCUCUUCUUCGUUGGCAUCGGCAUUGUUGUUUCGCCAGGCAGAGGAUUUCAUUGCUUGGUGUUUUUCAUUGGUGGCUUGCUGUGCUUAAUACCUGGAGCCUAUCACCUGGUGUAUAUCUACCUGGCAGUGACCGGCUGUGAGGGUUACAGCCUGUAUGACCUGCCUGUGUUCAACUGACCACUGCCCGACACCUCCAUCAACACUGGGGCAAAUAGCGCACUAAACUGCUGUACAGGACUAUCUCAAUGGACCCAGAGCAAUUUUACACAGAAAAUCAAAUCAAAUUCAAUGUUACUUGUUUAGCUUAUCAAUAAUUUGCACAUUCCAUUUUCAUGUCUAGCUGCUCACAAAUUAUUGUUAAAAAUGGGCCCAGUUUGUAUGGGACAUUAAACACAUUAAUCAUAUCAAGCUUUUGAGCAGGCCGAUAUUUGUAAUGUCUUUGAAGAUGAUUUUGCUUUGCUUCCUGUAUAUCUAAUAAUUCCAUGAGCAUUAUUUUUACAUUCCGUAACCUUUUCAACUACAAGUAUGAAUUUUACAGAAAAUGUCCUUAAUCGUUGGUGGGAUUGCAUUUAUUACAGCUAUAUUCAUCAUUGAAUUUAAGUGUGCUAUAUGUGAAGUUACACAUUGAAAACUUGCCAUGAUUUACAUUUUUAUCAUGGAAUCUCACAACCAAAAUAAAUCCUCAUGACAUUGUUCCUUCCUUGGUGCGUAUUGAGGUUGUACGCACCUUGAAUUUAUACAGAUAUUUCUCAUUAUUCAUGUAGCAGAGAUUUGUUGUACACAUUCCUAUUUCUUGAAAGCCAUUAAAUUCCCUUAUGUUGUAUACUUGUUUUGAUAUUGCAUAAUAUUUAUCCAUUUCAGUCUGAUUCACUUUAGACAGAUGAAAUUAUUAUAUUUUUGUUUUUAUAUUUUAUGUAAGUUAUCGGGGCUUUAAUUAUUACGUUAAGCACAUUACUGUGCAUAGAGGUUGUUAGUAUACUUGCUCUAAUUUGUGGUUAUCCGUUCAAGUACAUAGUACUCAUACUGUGGCGUAAACUUUUCAUUACUUUUUUUUUGCUUUAAGGGGGGAGGGGUGCAGAAAUAACCGCUUUAUCUAACUUAAAAAAAUGCUUACUUAUUUUAUGUAAGCUUGAAUUGUAUUAUACAUGUAUAUCUUUGUCAUUCAUGUAGCAAUAAUAGUCCAGUCACUAUUUCAGGAGUGGUCAGGAUGCAUGAUGUCAAAGACAUUGAGUACUUUUUAAUGUUAACAAUGUAAACUAGUCAUGUCUUGUUUGCAUUUAUAUAUAAGAGCUUAAAGAGAAUUAUGUUUAAACAGAUAGUAAAGUCAGGUCUUUGAUUGGAUUAAGCCUUGUUUGUGUAAGUAGACUGCUAUGCAGAAUGUUUCGGGAGUGAGACCAAAGUCUGGCAGGAUUACCGGGGUACUGGAAUUCUGGAAUUAUAUAACAUUGUUUAUUUUAAAAAAAAAUCAGAUCAGAGGUUGUCAUUAUUGUUUGUGUGUUAAAUAGAAAUUAUAGUGAACCCAGUGGAGAGAUUGUGAAUUUUUUACCGUACUGUUUAUGGACUCAACAUUAAAUGUUACUUAGGUAUAAAAUCAAUAUUGAGGAAAUUCUGCUGAGAGAUAAAUAUGUUUUUCUUCAAUCAAUGUUAAUGCCAAUUUCAUUUGAAAGUCCACUGGCUCAAACGACUGUACAAUAAUAGUUAAUGCUUUCUUCUGAAGGUUAAGUUUUAGUGGAAAAUGAGUGGCUAUUUUAAGAAUACUUUUUUAUUCUGCCAACAUAUUGAGUUCUGUAAUGUUACAACGGCUGUGUACAUUGUAUUUCUAUUUAUAUUUGUGUAGCAAAGUUUUCUUUGGAUGUCAAUUCAAUGUUUUUGUUUCUGGCAGUUUUGUGUAAACUUAUUAAAUGACUGUCUUUAAUAUCAGUUAUUGGGAUGUCCAAUUAUUUUAUUUACUACUGUUUCUUGUCUUACACUUGACAUAUCAUUUAAACAUUUAAUAUGAGAGUUUAAUUACAGAAGUAUAUUUUAAAUUAUUUUAUUUUUUUCAGAAAAAAAGCCUAAUAUCAGUAAUAUUUGUUACUUAAGGACAUUCUUUUUUCCUUAUACCCGGUAGGUUGUUUUUAUCUGUGAAAGAUAUGAAAGAAUUUCCAGUAUGGUACACUUGUUGUAUUUUUUAUUUAAUUUUAAGAUCAAUGAAAUGCCUAUUUUUAUUCUAGGAGCUGCUCUCUAAAUGAAUAUGGGAACAUUUAUCAUGACAUUUUACAUUGUAUAAUGUUCGUAUAGGAGACCUUGUACUGAAGAAUAUACUUUUGUGGGAUAAGAACUCAAAUACCAGCUUUCUGGUGGAGGAUGAUCUUGUUAGAUGUAUGCCUUGCCUUGAAGCAUUGUAAUACAUAUUUUAAGCUGUCUCUUAAAAGAGCAUUGUUGUAGCCUUAGCAUUUGUAUUGGAAAUAACAUAGAAACAAUAUAUGAUUUUUAAGUGGAACUUUGUACACAUAUUAACUAUGAAAAAAGUUUAGUUGAAGCAAGUGCCAUUGCUGACAAAUAUUUGUAGAAAUGUGCAUGCAUCAGCAUUGAAAGAGUGUGGACAACUGGAUUAGGUUAGACUAUUGCAUAUUGGUUUUAGCUAUAAUUUCAUCCAUAAAAUAAGGAAUGUCGGCAGACAAUCUGGUGAUUUCUAAAAAAACAAUCCAUGACAUAAAUCACUAACUUGCAUUGUCCUCACCCGUUUUUGAUGUUUCAACAAAAUGUAAAGUAUCAUUGGUCAUCAGUUUGCUUCUUACACAGUCAUGUUUAGACCGUUUCAGAGCCAGUCACACCUUGUUUGCAUUCAACCAGCCACUGUCCAAUAUUGAAGUGUUGCACAGGACUGAUGUGAAUCACUUUUAUUCAAUGCUAUAUAUUAUAGUAAGUUACUCACUGUGCUAUUUUAUAACAGCACCUCCUCAAAUUGAUAUUGAAUGAAACGGGAUAUUACGCAAAAAUAUGUUAUUAUUUAUUAAUUUAUAAACUGUUUUGUUAGUUUUCAUAGUUAAAUAAAAUCUAUGCA